AUGAUCGACCAACGUUGGAAGCGACCUUUGGUCGUGGUCUUCCAAGAGCAGCAACCCGCUCCAGGGCAAGCAGGUUUUGAUACCCAUGGUGCUGCUUCUUUUAUCCAGGAGAUCAAAGAUUCAGUCAAAGCCAUGACCAUCGCCAUUCAAGCAUUGGAGUUGAGAGUUCAGAAAGUUGAGCAUAUACAUUGUACAUGCAAAACUCGAGAAGGAUAUGGCGGCUAA